AUGGCCAGAAGGACUCUCAUCAAACUCUUCGUCCUCGUCUUGCUUACCUUCAUUAUAUGCCUGCCUGAGUUCUUUCCUUCCGAAAAAGUAUCACAGAUUACGUUUCUCUGCUCACCGUUUGAUCCUUGUGACCCACCCGGCGGGCGUGGCCAUCAUGACGGAAAGGUGUAUACGGUGUUGGACUACGUCAGUGAAAGUUACGCCCUGUGCGAGGUGGAGCCGAAGAAUGCAACCAAUCGGGAUCAGGCGCUUAACGAGUGGUUUGUUUGUAAGACUGAAGCUGAUCUGGAGGGUCUCCGUCACAACGCUUCGAUCUCAGAAAUCGAUGUGGAGGUUGUCUUGAUGCUCCAGACCAUGGAUCUGGCUUAUCAGAACUUCACAGUGUCUGGUCAUUUCAACCAUACUGGACUACACAUUGAAACCCAGCACAACAUCACACUACUCAACUGCUGUGGCCAGUUCCAGCCAAACAGCCAACAACUAAACAAAGUCAGGACUCCAUCAGGGCUCUCGAGCUCCGGCUCGGUUCCUCUAAAAGCAAGUGGUUCAGAUUCAGACGGCUCUUCAACUGAAUCGACUCACAUGAAGCUGUCAGAAAGGAAAGACUCGGCCUUUAAUCCCAGACAGUCAAACAGAAGCCAUUACUUUCUUCAGCUGAAAGAAGUUCCCAAAGCACCAGAUAAUGCAGAAAAGCCAGUGGUGGUUUCACCCCCAGCAAAUCAGCCUGCAAGUUUUUCCAAACGCAGAGUAAAAUCUUUAAGUGAUUUGCCUGAUUCCAUGUCAAUGUUCGAUACACAAGAUAAGAAAAGGUUCCAACAGAGGACUUUACAGAAGACAAAUCACUCCAGAGAUCAGUUCCUUCUGGUGUUUCAGGAAACGUACAGGAGAGCACUCUCUCCAAUCCAGGAAAUGUCUUUGACAGAUGUUGCUGUGGAUGAAGAUGAUAAAGAGCAGAAUGAUGAUGUGAUAACAGAUGAAGGAUGUGAUUUGGAUAUUCCAUUAACACCAGCACACAUCCACUCAGACACCUUCACUUUCCUGCAUCAUCGUAGCCACCCGCCCACCGUGGACUUGACUAUGAAGACCAUGAGCUAAACUGCACUGACAAGAUAGCUGAUGAGCUAAUCUGCACUUACUGAUGCACUUACAAACUUAUACUUAUAACUAGCUGCUUUUCUAACCAGCUAUUGCAUUUUAUAAAUAUUCAGCGGGGGUAAUAUUGAUAAAAAUGCAAAGCUAUUAUGCUAGCCCACCAUCGCAGAGAACCUGGAUCGAAUCUCACCGGUGCUAUUUGCCAGCCAGGAGUCUAUACUGACAUGACUGGGUGUAUCUCGAGUGGUUAAAGCACUGUGGUGGAUUUCUGCUCUGCACCCAACUGUUGUUCCAUUAAAACUAUUCAAAAAUGGUACCAAAUUUUUAUGAAUAACUUACUAAAGUACUUAGACGUACUUAAUAAAU